GCAUGUCUCCUAACUCCUUUUAACGCCGCGAUUUGCAAUCUUAAUGCCUUUUAUCUCGGGGGGCAUGUAAUUCUAUUAUAAUAUUCAGCGUUUCUUCCCGGCUUUCUUUCUCCUCUCCAGCUUGCAAUUAAUUUACUAAACUACCUACCUUUCAUUUAAUUCCUGACUGCCUUUCACCAUGGCUCCCACCAGUCCCAUCAAGAACGUCGCCAUUGUUGGCGCUACUGGCCGAGUUGGCGGUGCGUUUGCGGAGGCGCUGGCCAAGACCGGCAAACACACCGUCACGGCCCUGACUCGUGCAGGCAGCACAGGCACCCUGCCCGAGGGCGUCAACAAGGUCGAAGUCGAUUACGACAGCGAGGAGUCCGUCGUCGCAGCUCUUCGGGGUCAAGAGUUCUUUAUCAUCACCCUUUCCGUGCAGGCGGCUCCCGAUGCCCACGCGAAGCUCGUCCAGGCAGCAGGCAAGGCAGGCGUUCCCUACAUCAUGCCCAACCUCUACGGGAAUGACUACCGCCACGAAAGCCUCGGCGACACGGACUGGAGCAAGACCCAUUAUGCAGAGAAGAUUGCCCAAGUCGAGAGCACCGGCGUGUCGUCGUACAUCGCCAUGGUGUGCGGCUUCUGGUAUGAGUGGAGCCUGGCCCUGGGCGAGGUCACAUUUGGCUUUGACAUCAAGGACAGGAAGGUCAUAUUCUUCGACAACGGAAACACCGUCAUCACCGUCAGUACCUGGGACCAGUGCGGUCGUGCCGUGGCCGCGCUGCUGAGCCUGCCCGAGAGCGGUGCGUCGCCGUCGGUGGCGGACUGGAAAAACAAGCCCCUCUACAUCUCGAGCUUCCGGGUCAGCCAGCGUGACAUGCUGGACAGCCUCCAUCGCGUCCUCGGCACCACGGAUAAGGACUGGGAGAUCACGCACGAGUCGUCUGAGAAGCGGUUCAGGGAUGGGUUGGAGGAGCAGGCCCGCGGCAGCCGUCAGGGUUUCGCCAAGGCGUUGUACUCGCCCAUCUUCUUCCCCGACGGCCGCGGCGACUAUGAGACAAACCAAGGUGUGUCUAACAAGCUGCUUGGCUUGCCGAAGGAGAGUCUUGAUGAGGCCACGAAGAGGGUGGUGGAGAUGGUUGAGAGCGGCUGGAACCCUUUUAGUACCUGAGAGCAAUGGCGAGUAGUUAUCUUCGAAUCUAGGUAGGUACUAAUUAUUGUCAGUGUUGUAAUUACUGUGCCAUCUUUCGUGCCAGCCCCGGGGGGGCAGAAUGUCGUUCACUUGGGGGGACUGGAUCUAAUUAGCACAAAUAGCGAACUUGCAUUAAUUAGAAAAUGUGAAUUUUGGAGGACAGUGAUAGACAGUUGGACUUGAGAUGUCUUCAAGCGUUCCCCCUCUUUUGAGUCGAGGACUAAUUUAUUAAUUACUAGAUAAUUAAUAGCAGAGAUCACACUAGAGGG